GUUGCUGCUGGGGUCCGGCUUGGAGCUACACAGUCAAGAGCAGCCCUGUAUGACCCGACUCUGAAACAAAGAGGCCCAAAGAGUCUACAUGUCUAAUAUUUAGACAUGUUCAGCUUUGUGGAUUCUCGGUUACUGCUGUUGAUAGCAGCGACUGUGCUACUCACCCGCGGGCAAGGAGAAGAAGACAUCCAAACCGGGAGCUGCGUACAGGAUGGACUAAUGUACAAUGACAAGGACGUGUGGAAACCCGAGCCCUGCCAGAUCUGCGUGUGCGACAGCGGCAACAUCCUGUGCGACGAGGUGAUCUGCGAGGACACCUCCGACUGCCCCAACGCCGAGAUCCCCUUCGGAGAAUGCUGCCCCAUCUGCCCCGAAAGCCACGCCUCCCCUUCCUACCCGGACACCGCGGGAGUAGAGGGUCCUAAGGGAGACACCGGCCCCAGAGGAGACAGGGGACUCCCCGGCCCCCCUGGCAGAGAUGGCAUCCCCGGACAGCCCGGCCUCCCGGGACCCCCCGGCCCUCCUGGCCCCCCCGGCCUCGGCGGGAACUUCGCUCCUCAAAUGUCCUACGGAUACGACGAGAAAGCCGGCGGCAUGCCYGUGCCCGGACCCAUGGGUCCAGCUGGUCCCCGCGGUCUCCCCGGCCCUCCUGGCGCUCCCGGCCCUCAAGGUUUCCAAGGUCCCCCUGGUGAGCCUGGAGAGCCUGGUGCUUCUGGUCCCAUGGGUCCCCGUGGUCCAGCUGGCCCCCCUGGCAAGAAUGGAGAUGAUGGUGAAGCUGGAAAGCCCGGCCGUCCCGGUGAGCGCGGACCUCCUGGACCCCAGGGUGCACGUGGUCUCCCCGGAACUGCUGGCCUGCCAGGCAUGAAGGGUCACAGAGGUUUCAGUGGUCUGGAUGGUGCCAAGGGCGAACCUGGUCCAGCUGGCCCCAAGGGUGAGCCUGGUAGCCCUGGUGAGAACGGCGCUCCCGGACAAAUGGGUCCUCGUGGUCUUCCCGGUGAGAGAGGCCGCCCUGGUCCCUCUGGCCCUGCUGGUGCUCGCGGUAACGACGGUGCCACCGGCGCUGCUGGUCCCCCGGGUCCAACUGGCCCAGCUGGUCCCCCUGGCUUCCCCGGUGCUGCUGGUGCGAAGGGUGAAACUGGUCCCCAGGGCGCUCGGGGUAGCGAAGGCCCUCAAGGUGCACGUGGUGAGCCUGGUCCUCCUGGCCCUGCUGGUGCUGCUGGUCCUGCUGGCAACCCUGGUGCUGAUGGUCAACCUGGUGCCAAAGGCGCAACUGGUGCUCCUGGCAUUGCUGGUGCUCCUGGCUUCCCCGGUGCUCGUGGUCCCUCUGGACCUCAGGGUCCCAGCGGUGCCCCUGGUCCCAAGGGUAACAGCGGUGAACCYGGUGCUCCAGGCAACAAAGGAGACACUGGUGCAAAAGGCGAGCCCGGCCCUGCUGGUGUCCAAGGUCCCCCUGGUCCAGCUGGUGAAGAAGGCAAGAGAGGAGCCCGUGGUGAGCCCGGCCCCGCUGGGCUGCCCGGCCCCGCUGGUGAACGUGGUGCUCCUGGCAGCCGUGGCUUCCCUGGUGCUGAUGGCAUCGCUGGUCCCAAGGGUCCCCCUGGUGAGCGCGGCUCCCCCGGCGCCGUUGGUCCCAAAGGAUCUCCCGGUGAAGCUGGACGCCCUGGGGAACCUGGUCUCCCUGGUGCCAAGGGUCUGACUGGAAGCCCUGGAAGCCCCGGUCCUGAUGGCAAGACCGGUCCCCCUGGCCCCGCUGGUCAAGACGGCCGCCCCGGACCCCCAGGCCCACCCGGAGCCAGAGGCCAAGCUGGUGUCAUGGGUUUCCCUGGACCCAAGGGCGCUGCAGGUGAACCCGGCAAACCUGGUGAGAGAGGAGCUCCCGGUCCCCCUGGUGCUGUUGGUGCUGCUGGCAAAGAUGGUGAAGCUGGUGCCCAAGGUCCCCCCGGCCCUACCGGUCCCGCUGGAGAAAGGGGUGAACAAGGUCCCGCUGGCGCUCCCGGCUUCCAGGGUCUGCCCGGCCCCGCUGGCCCCCCUGGCGAGGCUGGCAAGCCCGGCGAGCAGGGUGUCCCCGGAGACGCCGGCGCUCCCGGUCCCGCCGGUGCCAGAGGCGAGAGGGGCUUCCCCGGCGAACGCGGCGUCCAAGGUCCCCCYGGUCCCCAGGGUCCCCGCGGUGCUAAUGGUGCUCCCGGUAACGACGGUGCUAAGGGUGAUGCUGGUGCUCCUGGUGCUCCUGGAAACCAAGGGCCGCCCGGUCUGCAGGGAAUGCCCGGAGAACGCGGUGCUGCCGGCCUGCCAGGCGCCAAGGGUGACAGAGGCGAUCCCGGUCCCAAAGGUGCUGACGGUGCUCCCGGCAAAGACGGUCUCCGYGGUCUCACCGGUCCCAUCGGCCCCCCCGGCCCAGCUGGUGCUCCUGGUGACAAGGGUGAAGCUGGUCCCCCCGGCCCUGCUGGUCCCACCGGUGCCCGUGGUGCUCCCGGAGACCGCGGCGAGCCCGGCCCCCCUGGUCCUGCUGGAUUUGCUGGCCCUCCCGGCGCUGACGGCCAGCCUGGUGCUAAAGGCGAAACUGGYGACGCCGGAGCCAAGGGUGACGCGGGUCCCCCCGGCCCCGCUGGCCCCACUGGUGCUCCUGGCCCUGCCGGUGCUGUUGGUGCUCCCGGUCCCAAAGGUGCUCGUGGCAGCGCUGGACCCCCUGGUGCUACUGGCUUCCCUGGUGCUGCUGGAAGAGUCGGUCCCCCCGGCCCCUCGGGCAACAUCGGCCUCCCCGGCCCCCCCGGCCCCAGCGGCAAGGAAGGCGGCAAGGGACCCCGCGGUGAGACCGGCCCCGCUGGGCGCCCCGGCGAGCCGGGCCCCGCCGGCCCCCCCGGCCCCCCCGGCGAGAAGGGCUCUCCUGGCGCCGACGGUCCCAUCGGCGCUCCCGGCACUCCCGGGCCCCAAGGUAUCGCCGGCCAGCGCGGCGUCGUCGGCCUGCCCGGCCAGCGCGGCGAGCGCGGCUUYCCCGGCCUGCCCGGCCCGUCGGGCGAACCCGGCAAGCAAGGUCCCUCUGGCUCCCCCGGCGAGCGCGGUCCUCCCGGCCCCAUGGGCCCCCCUGGGCUCGCUGGCCCCCCUGGUGAAGCUGGACGCGAGGGUGCUCCUGGUGCCGAAGGUGCCCCGGGGCGCGACGGUGCUGCCGGUCCCAAGGGUGACCGUGGUGAGACCGGCCCUGCUGGCCCCCCUGGUGCUCCUGGUGCCCCCGGCGCCCCCGGCCCCGUUGGUCCUGCUGGCAAGAACGGAGACCGCGGUGAGACYGGCCCUGCUGGUCCCGCUGGCCCCCCUGGUCCUGCUGGUGCUCGCGGUCCUGCUGGCCCACAAGGUCCCCGCGGUGACAAAGGCGAAACUGGUGAACAAGGUGACAGAGGCAUGAAGGGUCACAGAGGCUUCUCCGGUCUCCAGGGUCCCCCCGGUCCUCCCGGACAACCCGGUGAACAAGGACCUUCUGGUGCUUCUGGUCCCGCCGGUCCCCGAGGUCCCCCCGGCUCCGCCGGCGCCGCCGGCAAGGACGGUCUCAACGGGCUCCCCGGCCCCAUCGGCCCGCCCGGUCCCCGCGGCCGCACCGGUGACGUCGGCCCCGUCGGUCCCCCGGGGCCUCCCGGCCCCCCAGGUCCUCCCGGUCCCCCCAGCGGCGGCUUCGACUUCAGCUUCCUGCCCCAGCCGCCCCAAGAGAAGGCGCACGACGGCGGGCGCUACUACCGCGCCGACGACGCCAACGUGAUGCGCGACCGCGACCUGGAGGUGGACACCACCCUCAAGAGCCUGAGCCAGCAGAUCGAGAACAUCCGCAGCCCCGAGGGCACCCGCAAGAACCCUGCGCGCACCUGCCGCGACCUCAAGAUGUGCCACGGCGACUGGAAGAGCGGCGAGUACUGGAUUGACCCCAACCAAGGCUGCAACCUGGACGCCAUCAAGGUCUUCUGCAACAUGGAGACGGGAGAGACCUGUGUCUACCCAACCCAGGCCACCAUCGCCCAGAAGAACUGGUACGUCAGCAAGAACCCCAAGGAGAAGAAGCACGUCUGGUUCGGCGAAACGAUGAGCGACGGCUUCCAGUUCGAAUACGGCGGCGAGGGCUCCAACCCGGCCGACGUGGCCAUCCAGCUGACCUUCCUGCGCCUGAUGUCCACCGAGGCGUCGCAGAACGUCACCUACCACUGCAAGAACAGCGUCGCCUACAUGGACCGCGACAGCGGCAACCUCAAGAAGGCCCUGCUGCUGCAGGGCUCCAACGAGAUCGAGAUCCGCGCCGAGGGCAACAGCCGCUUCACCUACGGCGUCACCGAGGACGGCUGCACGAGUCACACGGGAGCCUGGGGCAAGACAGUCAUCGAGUACAAGACGACAAAGACCUCUCGCCUGCCCAUCAUCGACGUGGCCCCCAUGGACGUUGGCGCUCCGGACCAGGAAUUCGGCAUCGACAUCGGCCCCGUCUGCUUCUUGUAAACCGGAAACCCCACGCGUACAGGAGAGAGUAAAUAAUAAUAAUAAAAAAAAAAAAAAAAGAAAAAAAACAUAAAAAAAACAGCCAAAAAAGGAGAAAAUUUCACAUAGACUUGAAUUUGUGUCGUUUUCUAUCCAGCGUCGCUCAAACUAUUUUCAUUUCCAUAAAAAACAAAAAAAAUCCUAAAAAAG